AUGUCGGGUGUGGCGGGUUGUGGUGAGCAAACAGCGACGCACCCCAACGCUGCGAUAUCGUGCCAGCUGCCGCUACCUCCCACAGUCGCGCCCCUCGAGGGGGAAGUGGCGGAGUUGGAAGGCACCGCAGCUCGUCUGGCGCACGAAUUUGAGGCUUUGGUCGUGUCAUACGAGGGGCAUGCGGCUCAGGCCGGGCGCGCAACUCUGCACUCCAGCACGGCUCUCUUUCAAGGCACCAUUUUUCUUGAGGAGCAGCUGCGCGAGGCAAUGGCCUCAGCAAACGGCGUACUGGAAGGGAUGACGGGCAUUGUGGUCGCGGUCAAGGGUCUGGAGAAGCUUUUGCACGAAACACGAAAAGUUGCCCAAGACGUAUCGCUGGUCGAGGGCGCUCUAAACGUGGCGGAGGCUGCGAGGGUCACCAAUCGUGACAUUUGA